AGAGCGGCCGACAAGAUGGCGGCGGCAGCGCUACGCUGCUGGCGGGCGGCUCCGUGCUGGCGGGCGGCUCCGUGCUGGCGGCUGCCGGACGCGGUGGUGAGGGGCCGGUCGGCGCUGCCCGUGCCUGGCUGCCGCCCGCUGUCCCGGCUGUCGCCGGGCAGCGGCCCGCGGACGGGCGCGCAGAGGAAGCAGCUGGUGUCGUGGCGGUCGCUGGCGGCCACCUUUGUGCUGUGCGGCGGGCUGCUGGCCGCCAUGAAGAAGGUGAAGCGGCGGAAGGAGGAGGAGCUGGAGAAGGAACGAAACCGAGGCAUUGGGAAACCCCUGCUAGGAGGACCCUUCUCACUCGUCAACCAUGAGGGACAGCCCAAGACCAGUAAGGACUACAUCGGCCAGUGGGUGCUGAUCUACUUUGGCUUCACACACUGCCCUGACAUCUGUCCUGAUGAACUGGAGAAAAUGAUUGAAGUGGUAGAUGAAAUUGACAGAAUUCCAACUUUGCCUAACCUGACCCCACUCUUCAUCACCAUUGAUCCUGAGAGGGACAACGAAGAAGCCAUUGCCAGAUAUGUUAAAGAAUUUUCUCCGAAGCUGGUCGGAUUGACUGGUACCAAGGCACAGAUUGACCAAGUGGCCAAAGCUUACCGUGUGUAUUACAGCGAAGGUCCCAAAGAUGAAGACGAUGAUUACAUAGUGGAUCACACAAUAAUAAUGUACCUCCUUGGGCCAGAUGGUGACUUUGUGGACUAUUAUGGCCAGAAUAAGAGGAGCACUGAGAUUUCUGCUUCUGUUGCUGCACACAUGAGAAAAUACAGAUCCUAAAACACAAGGUCUUCAAAGAUUGAUGUGAACAUCAUCUGUAGGUUUGGCUGUAAUUGGGCAUUGGAGUUAAAGCAGAAGCAUACAAGUGUAACAUCCUGUCACCACAUGCCUCCUUUCUUCCAGACAAGAAACGCAUCCAUACUUCUGCAAAAUACCAUUAUCAAAAAUCUCUAUAGAGCCUUCCCCAUGGAUAUUAUUUGCAGCAAGAUCUAGGCUACAGGAUGAAAUUUGGGACUUCUGUGAAACAUUGUUGGGAGCAAAAAAUGGAAGACACUUCAUUUGUGAAGAACGUGUAUCACUGGUAAAAUUAAUUGGUAACUCUUGGCAAGACAUCAGUGGAUGGUCACUGCAGGAGGAUGAUUACUUGAUGAAAAGCCAUGUGGGCCAUGGCAUUCUCAGAAGACCCCUGCCCUCUUUUCUUUUUUUCUGCACUGUUUUGCCUUCUGGGAGAGGCAGUUACAAUAUUAUAAGCAGGAGAGCCUUAAGAGUACUACUGUAUCAAGGUUAAGAAGAUGAAGAGCACUGAAAGCAUUAGCAGCUUCCACGCAUGGGACCAGCCCUGUAGUGUGACUUAUCUCUUCUUCAUUUGAAUGCAGAAAUGAAGUGUUUUUUUCUUGGUGAUUUUUCCAGGUUAACACUGUUAACUUACAAGGAAGCAAGUAAUGGGUUGCAAAUAGAUUUUUCUUCUGGUCUAAAUGAUUUUAUACAUAGUUGGCCUGAUUGUGCUAUGCUGAAUAGUGAAGUGGGGAGGAUGAAGGGGGUCUGUGUCCAUGCAUAGGGCUGUCAAUCAGAUAAAUUUUAUGCAGUGCAGCAUUUGAAAAUAAAGAUUGCUUUUUAUAAGCAA